CAUCUGUCAAAAUCUCUAACCUCUAAAAAUAUUACAUAAAAUUUGUGUAAAAUUUCACAUUGUAUUUAUUUAUUGCAAAUGUUGAAUUAAAAUUAGAAUUUUAUUGACAAAAGAGUACAAAAACAACUAAGAAGUUCAAACGAUCACCUCAUUAUAUUAUGUCCAGCUAUUAUUACUUAGACGUUGCACUUAAAUUCCAGGACAAAACAGAAAACUUAGUUCUCACUCCAGCCUACUUCAAAGGAAGUAUCGAUCAAUCUUUGCGUAGUGUUUUUGGCGAAAUUGGUGGUCUAACUGAAGUGGAUAUAUUUAAAUUUGAUUUGGCGAACCAACGAGCUAUAAUAAGAGUACCGGAAGACUACUACGUCAAGACACGGGCAGCAAUCACUUUGAUCUCUAAAUUUCAAGACAUUCGUUGUCAUUUUCAAGUGAAAAAGGCAUCUCCAAUUCUAUUACAACUUCUUUCGUCCAACAUAGAAUUUUAAUAAGCAAUAAAAUGUCUCUGUGUAAAUCUUUUGGCAA